GCCCGAUGAGGUUGAAGGAGUAGAGAGCGAUGGCAGAAAUGGUGUCAGAGGAGGAAUCGGAGCGCGAAAUUGGAAACGAGGACUCGAGAGGAUUUGAAAAUAAAAAGAAAAGGGAAGAAGAGUAAUUCAAGUGAUUCCAGCCAGACAAUAGAGAAAGAGGAGAAGUAUCUUGUCGGGAUGGUAGCUGUGACACAAACAGACGGCAUUUUCAAGGAUCCACAUGAGGUCGGAAAGUUUGUAGGAGGAAAGAUCGGAGAUGUAAGAUCGGUCAGUGACAACAAGAAGUGGGAUGAUCAUCAAAGAGAUAGAGCCCUGAAUAUCGCAGUGUGAAUUGCUUCCCACUUGGAUCAGAAGUAAAGAAGAAGGGAGUAGUAGCCUAAGUGGCGUGCCACUGACAGUGGAGGCCGAGUCAUUUCGUUAUGUUGAAGAUGUGUGUGAGGCGAGAAGGCUGACAAGAUUCCGAAAAGGGGAGAAGGAGGACAGUGUUUGACCUUUGAGGGGGAAUUGCCGGAAAGAGUGUAAUUAGAUUAUGUGUGUUACAGGGUGAGGCCAUAUGAGAGAGCUCCUCUCAGAUGUUUCUGCUGUCAGGAAUAUGGACAUGUUGCUGCAGUAUGUAGAGGAGGCAGAAGAUGUGGGAAGGAUAACUGUAAUGUGGAGGAGUGCAAAGUGGAGAAAGAGCAAGCAAAGUGCCUGCACUGCGAGGGAAAUCACCAGACACACACUGUCUAAAAAGAAUAAAGGAAGUAAAAGUGAAUAAAAACAGAGCAGAAAAGGGAUUGUUAUACGCUGAAGCUGCUAAGAGUAUGGAGAGAAAAUGUGAAAUGGCAGUGCAAAAGGAAAAGGAGCAGAAAGGGAAUGGAGAUGAUCAGAGCAUCAGUCUGGAUAAGAAACGUUUUCUGGCAUUUAUUGCCAUGGUUAUAAAUUGUGCUGCAGAAAUAAAGGGGAAGUCGGAAAGGAUUGAGAUGGUGCUGGGCGCUGCAACAAGGUUCUUGAAUGUUGUGGACAUAUCUGGAGAGGAUCUGGAUGUUACAUUGAGGGAAGGAGUUGCACCAACUCAGACAACUGGGUCUGGGUUAGAGAGUGGACUAAUGUCAUGGGAUCACUUUGGGUGGACACUGUAAAUAGUUUACACUGUGAAGGUGUUACAAUCCAGCAGUUGGCGGUAAUGCACAUUUAUGGAUCCCAACCGCCAUAAAACUUAACAGAAGAAGAAAAUUCGCCGCCCACCGGUGAUUACAUCAUAGCAUCAACUUUGUUUGCUUUACACGUCAUUGUGUACCAUCAGUUUAAACAAGAUGGGAAAGACUUGGACAAGAUAGUGAAAUGGGGACAGCAGUACCCUUAUGCUUUCCCACUGUGGUUUGGUCCCUUUGUUUGUUUCCUCAACAUUCAUCAUCCAGAUUAUGUGAAAACCAUACUGGCAUCAACAGAGCCAAAAGAUGAUUUUGCAUAUAGGUUUAUUGAGUCUUGGAUUGGGGAAGGCUUACUGGUGUCAAAAGGUCAGAAGUGGUUUCAGCACAGAAGGUUCCUGACCCCAGGUUUCCACUAUGAUGUUUUGAAACCAUACGUAAAGCUGAUGUCAGAUUCUGCCAAAACUAUGUUGGACAAAUUGGAAAGUUAUGCAAACACCAAUGAGUCCUUUGAAUUGUUUAAACACGUGAGCCUCAUGACACUGGACAGCAUCUUGAAGUGUGCCUUCAGCUACAACAGCAACUGUCAGACCGAGAGUGGAACAAACGCAUACAUAAAAGCAGUGUAUGAGCUCAGUUACCUAAUUAACCUGCGGUUCAGGACGUUUCCAUACCACAGUGACCUAAUUUUCUACCUCAGCCCACAUGGCUUCAAAUACAGAAAAGCACGCAGGGUGGCUCACAGUCAUACAGAGAAAGUCAUAAGAACGAGGAAAGAAGCACUAAAGGACAUUAAAGAGCUGGACCGCAUACAGGCCAAGAGAAACUUGGACUUUCUGGACAUCCUUCUCUUUGCAAGAGAUGAGAAGCAGCAGGGUCUGUCAGAUGAAGAUAUACGAGCAGAAGUGGACACCUUCAUGUUUGAGGGCCAUGACACCACAGCCAGUGGCAUCUCUUUCAUCCUCUACUGUCUGGCCUGCCACCCAGAACACCAGAAGAUUUGCAGGGAUGAGAUCAUUCAAGCCUUGGAUGGCAAGGACACCAUGGAGUGGGAGGAUCUGAGUAAAAUUCCAUACACUACAAUGUGCAUAAAAGAAUCCCUCCGUCUUUACCCUCCGGUACCAGGAAUGUCCAGAAAAACCACCAAACCCAUGACCUUUUCUGAUGGAAGGACUUUACCAGAAGGUUCUAAUGUUGGAACAAGUGUGUAUGGGAUUCACAGGAAUCCAGCUGUCUGGGAAAACCCUGAUGUCUUUGACCCACUGCGUUUCCAGCCAGAGAAUGCUUCCAGGAGGUCACCUCAUGCAUUUGUCCCCUUCUCUGCUGGGCCAAGAAACUGCAUUGGUCAGAACUUUGCCAUGAAUGAGAUGAAAGUGGUGAUAGCCCUGACACUGAAAAGAUACCAGCUGACAGAGGACCCCACUUGGGAACCCAAGAUAAUUCCUAGACUGGUGCUUCGCUCACUCAAUGGCAUCCACAUCAAGAUCAAACCUGUAGACCCAGAAGUGUAAAGGGGGGAAAACUGCAGGAAAUGCUGUAAACUGGAAAUUGCAUUAUUCAAUUACGGAACAUUUUUAGGAGUUAGCUUGAUUUCUAAUAUUUUACUAUGCCUUUACACUGACAUAGAACAGAUAAUGAUCAGAAUCAGAAAUACUUUAUUGAUCAUUGGUCGAGGGGAAACUCUUUUGUUACAGCUGCUCACUACCACGUCAAUGCACACAGGAAUAGAAGUACUAAGCAAAUCAAAUUAUAAUAUACUAUAAUACAGGUAAGAUAAAUUAAGUACAAAGUGCAUAUACAGUAGUAUAGUACUGUAUAGUAGUACAGUACAAAAGUGGAUUUAGAAGUUAAUAAGUAUGCACGGUAUAAUAAUACAAUGUAAUAAUAUAAGUAAUAAGUAAUAGUGCAAUAAUGAGUACUGUCAAGUUAAUGAUGAACUGUGCUGUAUUUAAUUUAGUGACUGAAUAUGUUUUGGGGGGGGGGAUUACUUGCUGAAAAAGUUGCAUUUGUAUUUUAUAAUAAUUUUCUUGCACUGAAACAGUUUUUAAUUAGACAUUUUAGCACUUUCACUUUAGCAUUUUUAUAGAGCCCAUUGAUGUUUUGUCUGCUUAAACAUUAACAAAGUUUACUGCCACUGUGUGAAGAUUCAGUUUUAGCUGUCAUGAAAGUGAUUUGUCUGUGCCACAUGAACUCUGUGGAACCAGGUCUGUGUUUACCUUCAGAAUAAAGUUAUAGGAAGGUGCAGUAUGCAAAACAAUAGGCUCUAAAUACACUGGAUCACCUUUGUUCUACAGAAUCUAUGCUGUUUGCUAAUAAGACAUCAAAUUACUUCCCUUUAGAGGACCUUUCAUCAGGUAUACAUUUGGAAAACAGGCAGUUAAUAUCAGGAAGAGCAAUGCAACAUUAUUUAAUCACAGCUGGAAGCACUGCAGAGAAUUGAGUCAAAAGUAAUUCAUUUUUUAUUUACAGUCAUAUGAUUACAAAAUCCACACGCCCACAAGGACAAAAAGUCACCAGCAGUUUGUAAACGUCUGUCUUUGAUCUCCAACCUUUUACUUAUUUAAAGAUCCCAUGAAGUGGCUAAUGAACUUCUAGAAAACAACUUCCUGGACAGCAGUGCAUUUUUAGUGGUGACCUCAUGCCAACAAGGGCUUCAAGUCCAACCGUUAAGGUCAUCUGAUCUUUCUGCAUGUUAUAUCAACUUAACCCACCUUUCUUACCAUAACUGCUAGCCCCUUUGUUUACAGUAAAAUUGACACCUUUCAAGCUAAUGUCCCCACAACAACUUCUUUCAAAAAGGAAAUAAAAAGCUGUUGGGGCGGCCUUGUGGUUAAGAUGCAUACCAUAUACUAUGACCAUAAUAUUCUGGUUGUGAUUCCAGAUGACUGCCUCUGUUGCAGGUCACUUCCCCUCUAUCUUCCUUCAUUUCCUGUCACCUUUCUACUAUCUGCCUUUGAAUGAAAGCAAAACUGCCCUAAAAAAAAGUAAUAAAAGCAUUUCAUGGGACCUUUACAUUUGGACUACACUGUAUAAACCAAUUACACUGUGUUCCACUGGUUCAUUACAUGUUUGACACAGCUAUGUUUUUCUGCUGCUGUGCAAAGACACUGUUCCUAUGUCUCAAUCCAGUUCAGGGCAAACAAAAUAUGAACAGUAUACUGUAUAAAUGUCAUUGUACUCUAUUGCAUGUGAAAGAUGUUAACACGCUACUUGACCAUUAAAACUUACUGAAUCCAAA